AUGGUGUCACAAACAGGGGUAACUCAGAUGAUGGGUCCGCAAACCGGACAGCAACAUUCCUUUAUGAGUCAAGGUGGAUUUUCAUCCACAAUAACGCAGCAGCAUUAUACGCCUUCACAAAAAACAUCAUUUCAACAACAGCAACAACAACAACAACAACCACAACAGCACCAGCAACAACAGCAGCCGCAAUCACAGUCGUCGAUUCAACCGACAAUCCCGCCAGCACCACCACAACAGCAGCAACCACCGCAAUCUCAGCCAUCCCAACAAACUUUCCGUCCCGCACCAUCAGGAUCAUCUUCAUCUCCUCUUCCAACAAAAUUUGGCGGUCAGACCAUCCCACCUGGUUCGUCAUUUACUCCCCAAACAGAUCAAGGCUCAAUGAGCAGUUUUAGCUCAACCUCAUCGGUUUUCAGUGGGAUUAGCACCAAAAUGGAUGGACAUGUACCCAGCGGGCAAAAUACACCAAUUGGCCAAAGAGAUGAGCUCUCGACAGCAUACUGUAGUUCAACAUCCUUAACAAAUCAAGUUUCAGGUGUUGGACAAAUCAAUCGGUCUUCUUCGUCUCAAUCACAGCCGUUCACACCUACACAAGUCAGUUCGUACGGUACUGGUUCCAACUGGCCUGGGGCUAGUCAGUCUAAUGAAAAUAUAGUUGCCGCUUCUGCAGGUAGCACUGGUGGUCUAUCAAGUACAGGAGGACCAAUGCACGAAUCCACCGAUUCGUUCGGACGAAAGUUUACAAGCAUUGGAUCCAGUUCGGCUGUAUCGCCUCCAAUUUCCAGUGGAGGUUCCUACCAAGCACAACCCCAAACCGGUGGACAGAUGGUCGAAAACAGUUCGGCUGGUGGACCAAGUCGGCCUUUUGUCCCUCCAAGGCAAACCUCCCUCCGCAGUGGCACAGGAGUAGAAGAUUCGGAUGAUACAAUGAAAAACCUCCGUAAAACAUUUGCCGGUAUUUUCGGUGACAUGUGA